CAUGUCCCAUCAGUGUAAACUCCACUCUUGAGCGGUGCAGUCCUCCUAUCGAGAUCAUUUUAUCACGGAAAUUUUAAUUAUUUAUCUACACUUUCUUCGCGGCGUGUAAUACGACACAAACUGUUUACGUUCAAAUUUACAUGACGUUUGACGAGUUUUAAUUUGCGGAAUAUUGCUGCAUUUUCCACCGAGAUGGGGCGUAUUGAUCUGUACUACAUGCCGUUUAGCCCUCCUUGUCGUGCAGUAAUAAUGGCUGCAAAACUCCUGGAAGUGGACAUUAACCUAAAAUUCACAGACCUUUUCAAAGGGGAGCAAAAAACACCGGAGUUCUUGAAGAUGAACUCUCUGCACACAAUACCUGUUUUAGAUGACGACGGAUUCUUCUUAUAUGAAAGCCGGUCAAUUUUGAGGUACUUGGCAAACAAAUAUGGGAAAGACGACUCGCUGUACCCUAAAGACCCUCAAAAAAGAGCAAUGGUGGACCAAGCACUGGAUUUUGACAUGAAUACUUUUUAUCAACCUUUUUUUGAUUAUUGGAUCUACUGCAUGAUUGGACCUGCUCCUCAUGAUGAAGAACGGUUCCAAAAAGUGUCUAAAUCUUUUCCAAUCAUUGAUGAUAUGUUGAGGAAAUCGGAUUUCGUUACCGGACAAAACAUUUCUCUCGCUGAUAUUUCUCUCCUUGCAGGUGUAUCAUCAGUGCAUGCCGUCGGUUUUGACAUUGCAAACUAUCCGAAUAUUGUGCGAUGGUUUGCUCAUUGCAAGCAAGCUGUACCGGAUUACCAGGAGCUAAAUGAAAAGGGGGUUCAAGAUUUCAAAAAGUUGUGGGACCGCUUCAAAGAAAAGCAAAAGACGAAGGUGAAAACUAACUCGCAGAUGGGGCGGCUUCAUCUGUACUACAUCCCUUUCAGCCCUCCUUGUCGUGCUGUAAUAAUGGCUGCAAAACUCCUGGAAGUGAACAUAAAUCUAAAAUUCACAAACCUUUUCAAAAAUGAGCAUAAAACACCGGAGUUCUUGAAGAUGAACUCUCAGCACACAGUACCCGUUUUAGAUGACGACGGAUUCGUCUUAUACGAAAGCCGGGCAAUUAUGAGGUACUUGGCAAACAAAUAUGGGAAAGACGAUUCGCUGUACCCUAAAGACGCUCAAAAAAGAGCACUAGUGGACCAAGCGCUGGAUUUUGACAUGAAUACUUUUUAUCAACCUUUUAUUGAUUAUUGGUACUACUGCAUGCUCGGACCUGCUCCUCAUGAUGAAGAACGGUUCCAAAAAGUGCCUAAAUCUUUUCCAAUCUUUGAUGAUAUGUUGAAGAAAUCGGAUUUCGUUACCGGACAAAACAUUUCUCUCGCUGAUAUUUCUCUUCUUGCGGGCGUAUCAUCAGUGAAUACCGUCGGUUUUGACAUUGCAAACUAUCCGAAUAUUGUGCGAUGGUUUGCUCAUUGCAAGCAAGCUGUACCGGAUUACCAGGAGCUAAAUGAAAAGGGGGUUCAAGAUUUCAAAAAGUUGUGGGACCGCUUCAAAGAAAAGCAAAAGACGAAGGUGAAAACUAACUCGUAACGGAAUCAAUAUUCUCAAAUAAGAGAAAUCUACAAAAAAGUGUGGAAAUAAUGUCCAUCUUGGAUUCUUGGAUCAACCUUAAAAAUGCCUAGGUUGAAAUUCUAAAGUUUGAUCUUUUUCAAUUUUGUUUGUUCCCCCUCUCUCUAAGGAAGGAGGGAUAAACAAUUUUCAUCUAGUCACGAUACGGAAACGUGAUUCCGUCUGUGGACUUCAUCAUAUUCACUUGUUAUAAUUUAUUUAAAUAAAAUUAUUCUUAAAAGUAA